GCCCCUGCCACGGCUUGUGAACAGGUGCAGGGAUACUCCACACUCCGAAUUGUAGAUUUCUGGCCAUCUAGAACAUUUCGGAGACGGACAUAUGUCGCUGGCACUUUGAGACGGAGGAGCAACCAAUUGUGCUUCUCUUUCUUAUUUUUGCCCUUCCAGUCUUUCUUCAAGUCAACCUCGUCUUGCCGCAUUUGAGUGACUGAGCGUCUGAAGCCCCAAGAAUCUAACUCUGGAACGCCCAGUCCCCCGCAGCUCCACGAACCCACGCAGAACUCCGCCUCCACAUUCAUCGCAACGGCCCUCGGUCCCGGUGUCAAGACGACGACAACCACUAUAACUUGACGCUGCUGUGCUCUUUGCUCUUUAGACUCAAUAUCCCGCGCGGUACACCACCGACAAACCAGCAGCCAUGGCACUCAAGAACGUCCUUGCCGGCAAGACAGCCAUCAUCACAGGCGGCACGACUGGCAUCGGCCGGGCCAUCUGCCUCGAGUACCUCCGGCAAGGGUGCAACGUCGCAGUAAACCACCUCGACCUCGAGAAGGACAAGCCACACCUGGACUCCCUCAUCGCUGAGGCGGACAAGAUCAAAUCCACAGCAGGAGCCGGCCAGACCGCCGGCUCCCUCGCCCACCUCGCCGGCGACGUGACGGACCCGGCCACGGGGACCAAGCUGGUGGCCUUCGCGCUGGAGACGUUCAAGACGGGGCGGCUGGACAUCUGCGUCUCCAACGCGGGCAUCUGCACCUUUGCCGAGUUCCUGGACCUGCCGGCGGACCUGUACUCCAAGACGGUGCGGACGAACCUGGACGGGGCCUUCUACGUGGUCCAGGCGGCGGCGCGGCAGAUGGCGACGGGCCAGUCGCCGUCCGGCGGGUCGAUCAUCGGCAUCUCGUCCAUCUCGGCGCUCGUCGGGGGAGGCGGGCAGACGCACUACACGCCUACCAAGGCGGGCAUCCUGUCGCUGAUGCAGAGCACUGCCGUCGCGCUGGGCAAGUACGGGAUCAGGUGCAACGCGCUGCUGCCCGGCACGAUCCGCACGCAGCUCAACGACGAGGACCUCGCUGACGAGGCCAAGAGGACGUACAUGGAGGGGAGGAUACCGCUUGGCAGGACGGGGGAGACGAGGGACCUGGCGGGGCCGGCCGUGUUCCUCGCCUGUGAGGAGCUGAGCGGGUAUGUCACUGGGUCGCAAUUAUUGGUCGAUGGCGGUGCUUUUGUCAACUUUCAGUAA